UGCUAACUUGCCUAUUGGCCUAUUCAUACUACUACGUACAAGAUAUAUCACUCUGUUGCUAUAUCAGUUUGGGUUUGGAUAUUUGGCUGAUCAUAGGCCUACCUGAGUAUCAUAUCACCAUGACCACGUACCCCUUGAUAAAGGCUGUAGAGGAAAGUGAUUGGAAUAAUGCGUGUACUACUAAUGUUAAACUACAACAUUACAUAUCCAUUUUGCGACCUAUUGUAGGCGACGCCUUUGAAGAACAAAAGUCAGUGCUACAUGCUGCAGCAUCUAUCGGUGAUAAUAUCAACUCGACGUUUGGCAAGGGAGAAACCCUGCUUCACUGGGCAGCAUCACGAACGUUUGACAGCUUUAACAGCUCAAUAACCGGAUUAUGUAUUCUAUUGCAUCUCGGGGCUGAUCCAAACGCCCGUGACAGACUGGGACGGACUCCUCUACACUGGGUUACUACUUACUGGAACACGUCUUUAGGGAAAGAAUCAAGUAUACCUAAAGAUCUGCUGUUAUUUGGCGCUUCCCCCGAUAUCCCAGACAUGUAUGGGGUGACUCCAUUGUAUCUUGCACGUUGGGCCAAUGCCGAGGAACUGGUGCAAAUGUUGGAACCAGUGACUGAUCUAUCUUUGAACAACUGGCCGAAUUUUGUCCAUAAGAGAAUAUCUUUUGAACGCGAUAUUAGAAGAUCAAAGAUAGCGAACUGGAUGCAAGAUCAAGCAGGAGACAGGACAAAGAACAGAGAACGCAUCUGUCAGUUCAUGUGUACACCUGGCAUGGGGAUCAUCGAACACAACCAAGAAGCACAACAACAAAAUCAUCAAAUAUUCUCUCUUCUCAAUAGAAUUUCAGAUGAGAUCUGCAGAGAAAAUCCUGUGUUUGAGUUCCGUCCUUACCUUGCUGGCAGCACUGCAGAGGACACCAAACGAGGCUUUCCCGACGAGAAAGACAUCAUCAUUCACCUAGAGAAAUUCACUGAAAGAAUUACACCUGAGCCGGACACUGACGAUCCACAUAAAUUGGUGAAGCUUCGAUUAGCCGAAGACGCCCCAGCAAUUCCUGAAAAAUAUAUCCGUCAUGGAUUUUUGAACCGAACAGCAAUCCUUAGAGAUUUUAUAGCUCUAUUUCAAAGAGCAAUGUUGUUAGUUGAACUGUGGAAUAGUGACGAACUGACGAAUAUUUUCCCAGGAGAAUCUGCGUCGUGUCGUGGCGCGUUUGAUGUCAUUCAUAUGGCAGCAGAUGAGGGAGAUAUAUGCACGUUUGAUGUUGUAUGGUGUGGGGAGCACUACAAGCAAAUCACAGUAUCUAUGGACAUUGUACCAGCCAUAAUGCUGACUGCUGGGACACUAAAGCAACCGAUGAAGGGUACUUUGCCAGAUAUAUACAAUAAUUACACACUGUGUGCAAUUCUGAAAUCUAAGGCAGAUACUUUUGUUUAUGUGGAUGAGAGUGAAGAAACUGAUAGGCCUAUCGCAAAGAGCAGUGGUGAUAUUAUGCCCGUAGAGAAGCAUAGCACUUUUUAUAUGGAAUCGCGUGUGGACGAUAUUGUUUUUAGCGACUCUGAAAACGACUCCGAUAUUGAUUAUCACAUUCCAGAUGAAGAAGGCAUAGAUAUUACAAAAGAAGAGCUCAAAGAAAUCGAGGAAGAAGUAAGAGAAGAAGGCAGAUUGUACGUUAGAAAAGCAGUUGAUAUUGGAGAAAAUUCUUUUUACAUAUCGUUCUGUGCGCUAGAAGUUACAGCAAUGAAAUCGCUGCCUGACAAUUUACGCGUAGCCAUGGUUCUCUCUAAAGCGUUGGUCGACUUUAUUCCAGAAAUUAGAACAGCUGCAAACAAAGGUGCGCACCCUGAACGGGACUUUUAUGAAGGUCGUAAAGAUAUAUCUAGUUACAUGAUCAAAAUGGCGCUGCUUCAUUCUCACAAAAAAUAUCUGUUUAGAGACCAACAGCCUGACUCAACUCAGACUGAAAAUAUUCCCGGUGUAGAAACGUAUUUACAGCGAUCUGUGUAUCGGAAUUGUUCGUAUUGCCAAUCAAUGCAAUGCCACACACAGGAGGCAACGGACGUCACAAAUGUAGAUACAUCAUCCCGGAAAGAACGUCCAAGAAUUGGCGUUCCUGAUGUGUCGCAGUUAUGUAUUUCACAAAUGUGUACCAGUACAUUGACUUCUGACAUUCGGUGCACGUGCUGUGACAAUCGUUGCACACUGGCAGAUUUCUCAUCCAGAGUUGAGGAUAUUUCAUUGUGGGUAGAAAGAAUAUUCAUAGAGUUAGAGGAAGCAGCAGAAAAACGACACCUGCCUGUUUUCUUUGACCCACAGAAUAAUGCCCUGGACAAGCUGAUAACGUUAUCAGAGCAGAAGGGCUUUCCUUACCCAGGUCUGAGUUACCUGAGAGUACACUGCAAGAUGGUCAGGGCCUUAGUCCAAAUUUAACUAAAGAUAUGUGAAAAAAGAGAGUUUAAUUGAAAGAAUCGUAAUUUAUUCUAAUGUCAAACAUUUGGUGGACAAAGUAACAAUAAUUCGGUAGACCACGUUUGCGGAGGUCGAUGAUAAAGUAAUAAGAGUUCCAAUUACAUUCAUCUAUGUACACUAUUUCUGAAAGUCUUUACCUAAAAUUAGCAUAACCUUUAGUGGUAUUGACCCCUUAUCUUGUUUCAACUUUUUUCAAAAUUCUUCAAUUCUCAUUUCAGCCUUUGAAAAUUACCGCACCGUAAGUCCCUGUAAUAUUUACUGCAUAUUUAAAUAUUCAAAUAGUUUCAUCUGGUAUAUAGUUUCAUAUAGCUCUUGUCGUUACUUUCUACACAUGGUUUAUAGAAUGGCCCCGAAACUGCUAAAUACCGGAUGGUGUCCGGUGGGGGAUACUUAACUAAUUGUAGUUAAGAGUAAUAUACUGUAUUUAAGUGUAGUUAAGCCUAGCUUAAGGUAGUUAGGGACGUCCUGGGUACGACAUUAAACUCCAUCCGGUCGAAGCGUCGGCGACUAAACUGAGCU